UUUGGUAAGGACCCCAGGUGCUUCAGGUGCUUUUUCUUAGGCACAUUAAUUCGUAAGAACAGGAUGGAAGAAAGACCUUUUACAGUGGCUGUUUUCUUUGGGGUUAUUUUGAUUGCUUUACCUUAUCUUGGUAAUUUUGUUGUGCUUCCGGUGUGGGAUAAUCUGAACAUAGGAUUAUGCUUAUUGGCUUUAAUUGUGUGUAAUUUUGUCUACCUAACGGAAUACCUCGGGUUAUUUCCUCUCAGUUACAGCAAAUUUUCCUCAGAUGGAGAAAUAAAUGCACAAUUUGGAUGGUCCAUCUGCUAUGGUGCACCUCUAGUGGUGUAUGCAGUAUUGUGGUAUUUGUCUGGAAUGCCUCAGUCAAUCUUUCAACUUGUAUCUCUGGCAACUUACUUGGGUCAUUUCAUAAAAAGAAUCAUGGAAGCCCUUUUCCUCCACAAGUAUUCCAAAAAAAUGCUUCUUCUUCCAGUUAUAGAGAUUUCCAUGUUUUACUGUCUUGGUGCAGUCAUCCAGCACUACUGGUGUAAUAUUUACACACAUGGACUUUUUGCUGAUAAAUUGUCAUCUAACUACAUGGCAAUAAUGGUCGGCAUACUAGUGUAUGUCAUUGGUGAAUCCUUAAAUUUCUAUCAUCACUCUAUUUUGGCUAAUCUGCGACCUGCUGGUACAUCGACUGGUUAUGCUAUUCCACAUGCAGGAUUGUUUCAUUAUGUUGUGUGUCCUCAUUAUCUUGGAGAGUUGAUUGCUUGGUAUGGCAUGGCUCUAGCUGGUCAGCAUCUGGGCAUGUACCUAGCUUGGCUAGUUAUGGUCUGUUACUUGUGUGGAAGGAGUCAUCAAACACAUCUUUGGUAUCAAAAGAAAAUUGAAAACUUUCCCAAGGACAGGAGAAACAUAUUUCCUGGAAUCUUCUAACAAUGGGAUUGUCAUGUGUUUAUUACACUUUUUAUGUAAACGUUACUGACGUCAAUUGGGGAAAGUACAUUUUUUCUGGGCAAUUUUGGUAUUUUUUCCCAAAAAGUGUUGGCCCUUCCUUGCAUUUUAAUAAGAAAAAAAAGUCCUGAUCCCUACCUUUAGGUGACUGACAAAAGUGUGACCCUUCCUUCACUACCACAUAGUAUGUUCCAUGCCAUAGAAACCCCCAAAACAUUUCACUAGUGAAUACAAAAUAUUUGAAAAUAAAAUAUCUCGAUAUUGAAUGUGUCAGCUGAAACAAGAAAAUGAACAAUCAGUAUGGGAUAUUUAUGUUUUCUGGCUGAAGUUUGAAUAUGGAAAUAUAAACUUUCAGUAUUAUAAAAGUUUUCAAAAGAAAAUAUGGAAGUGUAAAUAAACGAGCUUCCUUCUCAACUAUAUGGCAUUAAAAUCCGACUCUCAAAUAAUUCACCAUGUUUUCAAUAUUCUCAGAAAUGAGAGAUUAACUCUUUGGCAAAUUUCUAUCGGUCUGAAUUUUUUACUGUGGAGUUGACUUUUACACGUGUUUUACUUAUACAUGUCUGUUAAAGGCAGCCAGGCCCUAUUGGUACUCACUCUCACCAAUAACCCUCCCCUCUGAGGCCCUAGCCCUUACCCCCGAGGAAAAAACAUACCUUCCCUUAGGA